AUGGCGGGCCAAGGGUUUUCAGGUUCAUCCGAGUUGUCUGAGGUGACGCAGACAGAAACGUCCUCUAACUCCGAAGCCUUCCAGAAACCCUUAGUGCUCAGGAUUCUCGAUUUGCAGGACGAUCUGAAGGAGGAGGCUAAGCGGCGAGACCAGCAAGAUGGGGAUGAGGGGGACGACGAGGAUGACGAGGACGACGAGGAUGAGGAUGAGGAGGAUGAGGAGGUCGACAGGUAUAAGGAAUCCGAAGAAACCUCUGAGCCCAUGGAAUCCACCAAAUCCUCUGAGUCCGGCCAAACUUCUGGACCCCACAAACUCUAUAAGGAGCGCCCACCACCCAGGGCCCAGGUACACUACGCAUCCUCUGAGACCCUUGAGUCAGGUGCACCUCACAAGCUCCUUAGGCCAUGUGUUAGGCCAUGUGAACAGCGCAAGCUCCGCAAGUCCCGUGAACCCUUCCAUCCCUGUGAACCCCUCCACCCCCACGAGCGCAGCCAGCCCCGCAAGCCCCACGAGGCCAAGGAGUUAAGGCUGUUUCACAACCCUGCGGUGAUGUUCUCCCCAUCUCUGAUCACCAGAUGCCCGACACGGUAUCGGGGGUCAUCCCAGAAUGCAGGGCCCAGGUGCGAGCGCCCGGUCCCCUUCCGGGAACGACAGCUUUUGAAUCCUGCUUUCGCCCAGCAGAUGGCAGCCUUCUCCACAGGUGACGCGGAGCCCGGGGUGCUCAGCCUGCUAAGGAGAAUCCAAGAUCUUUCUGAGCCCAAAAAACAAUGGGGAACUCCAGAUAGAAAACUAUUUUGGGGAAAUCAAGAUCCCAUUUGCCCCAUUCGUGAGACUGCUUUGAAGACUCAGCCAUCCAAAAGACUCAAGGACCUUGCUCAUCCCAAGCCAGUCUCCAAGCAUUAUGUACCUAACAGGCCCCAAUAUUACUACAGUUGUGGAAGAGAGUCUGUAAUUUGGAAGAUACCUCCAUCUGCCUUGUUUACCCAGCCCUCCAAAAGGACCCAGAAGCUGGCACAGCCCAACAGAUUCAAAAGACAGCCUCUACUAAGUCGGUCCACCAAUGAUAAUGUAGUAAGAAGUUCUUUUCAAAUACCUGAUCCUUCUCCCCGGAUUUUACGACUGUCAAUUGCCAAAGGCAUAGAUCCUAACUAUGUUCCUCCAAAAGAAGUUGAAACUAAGAUUUCAGUUUCUACCCUGGGUGCUAUUGCAACUCCGAGAACUAUAGACCUUGCCCACCCAAAGAUCAAGUUAGAUGGUCUGUGCUAUGAGAGACAAAGAAGCGAAAUGCCCAUCCGACCUGUAUCCCCAGCAGCCAUGUUCGCCAUACCUAGCUCCCGAACGCUAGAUCUAGCUAAAUUCAAGCCUGUCCAUCAAGAUUACCUACCUGCCCGUGAUGCCCAGUGGCCAGUGUCUCAUGCUGCUACCCAUUCUCAGAUAUCUGCUAGAAUUCAGGAACUAGCUAAUCCAAGUUCAAGGGCUCCUAUGCAUAUUCUCUUCUACGAUCCUAAUGCCUUUAAAGUCAAGCCGGCUGCUUUGAAAGCACAAUGUUCUUCAAGGAUCCAGGAGUUGGCAGAACCUGUUGUUCGCUAA